CGUUUCGCGAUUCUCUCGGAACGCACGUUUGUUAGGAAAAUAAAAGUACGCGAAUUUCCAAAAGAAUUUCGUGUCUGCGAAAAAACGGCCCCGCCUCGAUUUGGAAUCUGUCGACGAGCGUUUCUUCGCGAUGAUGUGUCUUCGCCUACGAGUCAGAUCUAAUUAAAUUACUCGCGAUGUGUUCGCAGAAGAUAAUCUAACGGACAUUAGAAUCGCGGAGUUUUUUGAAUCGCGAGAUAAGAAAAGAGGAGAAUCGACUCUACUUUGUCAAUUAUCGUUGAUUGUCAUUAUUAUUCUUGAUACACUUUAAAAAAUACGAUCUUUCGAUCACAUCUGGAUUUUGUAAUUGUCUGUGAUAAACAAUAAAACAGGAAAAAAAACCAGAUGACUAAAGAUGACACCAAAAGAUAAUUUAUACACGCGACACUUGUUGCGCGUAUCGUAGGGUUUCUUUCAUCUUCAACAACCGCAUUCCGCGUCGAUUAGACAUUGCGACAUUUUUUUUCGGCACGAGAUCAAACGAACCAGCAGCGCGUCGAAUAUCGCGAUGAUGUUUCUCAACACGUCGAUAUUUGACGAUAUCCCGCGACCACGUGCGCGUCUGCCGUUAGUCUUCGGAUCGAUUGCUGUUGAGAGGUUUUGCACACGCGACGCGAUAAAUGAUCUAAAAUUACACAAUAUCUCUCAUUUGUGCGUUGACCUUUCAACUUGAAUUAUAUUUGCGUCAAAAUAUAUAUUCGCACUGCACAUGUAGAGGCUCGUAACGAGAGAAAGAGAGAGAGCCUCUGAUUUAAGUUGCAAAUUAUCACGAGAUAGUUAAUGUUUGUUUGACCUUUUAAAUCUCGAGCAUCGGAUUUCGAUAAGAGGAAUAUUUUUAAUUAGAAAUUUAUUUCGUAGUACUUUUGUAAUCUCAUAUCGUCGAUUCCCAACGUCCAACUUUAUUAUCGUUUUAAUUACGUAAUUGAAGUUCUACAAGUACGUCAGACUCUCGUCCGUUAGACGCCGGCGUCACGUCGGUGCGAGUAUAUAAGCGAGUUCAAUUACAAAGUUUCUUGACUUUUUCUUUCGAUCUUCAUUUAUGCGUGCGAACGCUCGCAUAAAUGUUCAUUUGUUAUUCCUCUCCUUCUCGUCGUUGAUAUUCUUUAUUCCGUGACGAUAUCGCUCUGCGCGCGAAGAGAAGGAAAGUGUAUCUUUNUUUUUUUUUUUUUUUUUUUUUUNUACAGCCGCGUAACUUCUCGAAGAAACGACGAAGGCGCGGCGUGUGAUCGAUGCGCCACCGAAGGAUUGUUUAAAUUGUUGAAGACUAUUGAACCCGUUUGACUCCCGGGUAUCCGGCGAUGUCAAGUUUAAAGUAGCGCGUAUCGCACGAAGCGCGAUAAGGCGUUACACGCGGAAAUGAAAUCACGCACGGAAUUGUAAUUUUUAUUUUAUUUUAAGAACUAGAGGAGAUAGAAUAGAUUUAGAGAAAACAACGGGAGAAAGUUCGGACUCUCCGCAAUCUCGCGCAAAACCAUCGAAAUAUUCGAAAUUUGCGAAGCAUGAGAAGAUCGCGAACGUGACUCGAAGAUUUUCUGCAUUAAAAGCUGACACAUCUCGACGAUAUCGCGAAUUCCUUGUUAAUCAAUUUUAUGUAAUGUACACCGCAGCGUAUCUGCCAAAGCGAUUAAUAUAAUCGUGUUGGCAAAUUUUAUGCGAAACCAAAAACCAUUCCACAUAGCAACGAGCUCGAAUUAAAUUAAUCUCGUAUGAAAUUAAAAUCCAAAACCUUAUAUCAAAUGCACUUUCUUCAAUCGAAGCGAAGACGAGUUCAACUUACGCUCUCACGAACGACAGUUCGCAGACAUCUGUUGAGAAGGGGCAGCUGAUAAUCGGCGGAGACUAGCGUCGUUUGUAACAAUGACAAUAGACGAGGAGGCCGAUCCCGGCGAUGCCGGCAGCUUCACGGAUGAAAAUAUCGAUGUCGCGUCGAUCAGAAACACCAUCGAUCACACGGAAACUGCGACCGAUCGUCCAAUCGUCAGCGACGACGUUCAGCAACGUCGUCAGGCCGAGCCCGACAGUUCGGAUUCGAGUGAGGGCAACCCCCUUCUUGGCGAGAGUAGCGCGUCAGUGACAAUCGAUGCGUCGAUCGGGAAGCCGUGGAAAAUGCACAAACCCGAGAACGCGGUGACGGUGCAGAUGAUGGACGGGACAAAUUCGUUGUGCCGAAAGAGGCCCAAUGACAAUGAGAACGACGGGCCUUGCGAGUCAACGGACGCGAACGGCGGACCGCCCGACGGCGGUUUCAGAGCCUGGAUGAUCAUGAUCGGUAGCUUCACGAUCAACGGUCUCAUCUUCAGCAUCAUCAACACGUACUCCCUCAUUUAUCCGGAACUGCAGAAACGACUGACGGAAGUCGGGGAAACCGAGGUCUCGUCCAAAGCGGCUUUGGUGGGUUCGCUGACCAUCGGAACCACGUUCUUUCUGUCGCCGAUCGCCAGUAUGCUGACAGACAAAUUCGGCAUCCAGAUAACCACCUUCGUGGGAGGCGCGAUCGCGUCCGCCGGUUUGUUUCUCUCAUCGAUGUUGACGCACAAGGUGGAACUGCUCUACUUAACGUACGGCGUGAUGUACGGGCUCGGCGCGAGUCUCGCGUACACGCCGAGCCUGGUGAUACUCGGCCAUUACUUCAAGAAGUACCUGGGGCUGGUGAACGGGAUCGUCACGGCCGGGAGUUCCGUGUUCACGACGCUUAUACCGUCACUGGUGGAAUUGUUGCUGCUACGUGUGGGUCUGGAGGGAACGCUCAAGAGCCUGGCCGUGUUCACGGCCAUCAUCAUGGUCUGCGCGAUUCUCUUCAAGCCGAUGCCACUAAACGCACCGCAGCAGGACGAGCCGGAACUUAAGGCAAAAUCGUUUCGAAGUCGUGUGAAAGAAUUCGUGAACGUUUCGAUCUGGAACAGGAAACGAUACGUUGUCUGGGCUUGUUCCAUUCCUCUUGCUCUUUUUGGAUACUUUGUACCGUACGUUCACAUAGGAAAGUUUGUAUCUACAACGUUCAAAGACGCCGAUGGCAAGUUGCCGGUAAUGUGCAUCGGCAUCACUUCCGGUAUCGGUCGUUUGAUUUUCGGUUACAUCGCCGAUCUGCCGAAGGUCAAUCGAAUAUUGUUGCAGCAGAUAUCGUUUGUGAGUAUCGGCAUUCUCACGAUGCUCCUGCCGGUCACCAAAUCCUUCGUCGUGCUCUUGAUCAUCUCUCUGGGCAUGGGCCUGUUCGACGGAUGUUUCAUAUCGUUGCUCGGACCGAUCGCGUUCGACAUCUGCGGUCGCGGCGGCGCGACUCAGGCGAUCGGCUUCCUUCUGGGAAUGUGCUCGAUACCGUUGACGGUCGGUCCGCCGAUCGCGGGUCUUCUGUACGAUCACACCGGUACCUACGACUUGCCCUUUAUCUUAGCCGGCAUACCCCCGAUAGUGGGAGCUUUGCUGAUGUUCUUGAUAAGAUGCGUUAAACAGAAUGACGAUGGAAAUUCAGACAAUUCUUCCGAGGUGAAUGCCCCAAACAAAACGGAUUGCCAGAACGGAAAAAUAAACAACAAUUCCGCAUCGGUGCACGAGCAAGAAUACAAGACAGAGAAGCGUAGAAUAUGUUCCAAAAAUAACGCACGGCUGUCUCGCAGCCGCGUUAGGCAACAGAUCGGAUUGCGAACUUUUGUAGAACGCGAUAGGCACAAGUGCGCCGAUUGCGCGCACCAGUAUUCCGAGAGUGUACCUUUACUUCAAAGAGACGGAGAAACAACGCAGAGAUGUUCGAGCUUCUUUGUUCGUGCAACACAAUCGGCGGUAUAUGUCACGUUUUGAAACUUUUACGUCUCGUCGGACGUAUGCGUCUCGAGGCUCGAUGGGAGAUUUUCUCUAAGGUCGGCGACACGUACAGAUGGCAUCAUUAAUUCGAAGAAUAGGCGCGGGGAUCACAUAAAAAAUCCAGUUGAUCCAAAUAUCCAUUAGUCCCAAAAUC